AUGGGGAAGCAAAGCGAGUCAAAGCCUUUCAAGAAGAAUUUCAACUCGUCGAACAAAAGGAAUGGUAUGAACUCGGGGAGUCCUACAAGUUCAGAUCAAGAAAAUUCGGAAAUUGACUUCCAAAAUAGAAGGAGAGAUUUGUUGAAGGAAACAGGAAGUAGAAGGAAGAGCAAUGACACGCUGUAUUCCUACUCGCGGAUGUUUGUAACAGUUUUAAACUACAUAUUUUGCAUCCUAGGAAUUAUAUGCGCAUGGGGAGCUAUAGAUUCGCUGGUUCAGGUAAUUUCUGGAAGGCAAGUGUACCUGUCGCUAACGUGCUACUCUAUCAUUCUGUUAUUUUCCCUGGUAUUCCUAAUGUUAUAUAUUUAUUUCCUGGAUAGGGAUUAUCGACCAUGUGAUUUUUUUUAA